AUGCGGGUGCCUCGGCGUGCGUCCACUGCGCAGGACACGAGGGGAGGGACGUUUUUGUUCUCCUCUUUGCCCUUUGACUGUAGAGCGUUUUUUUUUGUUUUUUUUUUAUCACGCGGAAACAGAGGGGACCCUGUGUGUGUGUGUGUGUGUGUUAGCAUGCGGCGCCUGCAUCAGACGCACAUCCGUCGAGGUGAAGGCGCGUCACUGACGUUCUUUUUUUGCGUCCGUGAGGAGGGCGUCAAGCUGCCGGAUCCGCCGUACGCGUUGCCCACUUCUCCCCGCUUUGAUGCAGAGCGUAGCGGGGCGUUCAACAAGGCGUGGCUGCAGCACGAAUUGCCCGCCUUGAAGCCGCUGGUGCGAAACAGCGUGUACCUGCCCAGCAAGGAGGAGCUCUGGAGGUUACCCAUGCACGAGGGACUGGAGAAAAUUGCGGAGCGCUUGCCGUAUCACGACGUUCUUCGGUACAUCAUGGAUCAUAAUUACUUCUUUUUGUUCAAAACUUUGCUGAAUAAACCUGAUGCGCCCCUUCCGCAUGUUAUGUACGAAGAUUUCAUGAAGUGCCGGACAUUUUCUUCGCUGCAGAACCCACCCGAGGAGCAGUUUGCGCUACCGCCGACGUUGCUGCGGGUGCUGCUCUGUAUGGCGGCAUACCAGUGCAUUCUGGACCCACACUACUUUACAACUUGCCAGCUGCUCUUCCGACGGCUGGAGCAGCAACAGACAAUGACGUCCGGGGUUUUGUCCGCGUGGGUGUACUGCUGUGCAGCCAGUGGGAGGGUGGAUGAUGCCUUGGCUCACGCGAAGCACAUGGCGGAUCACGAUGUUCCAUUUGAUGAAACCGUCUUUUCUCUUAUGCAGCAUCCUUCUGUGGACCCUGUGGCGGCCGAACACUGUGCGGUGUGGCACUCCGCGAAGGGGAUACUUUUGCAGCGUCGUCUGGGCGAACGCCUUCAGACGGAGUACCGCAGCGACAGCGUGGCAGCCCACGGCAUGUUUGUCUUUUACGCACUGACGUUAAGCCACGUGAAAAAAUGGGAGGUGAUACGAGCCGCAGUAUCCCUGGGCGUGUCUCUUUCGGAGCGGACUUUGGCGCUGUUGGUGGAUGUGUACGCUCGCGAGAAGGGCCUGCGAUGUGGUCCCAAAACUGUGAGGGCCUUCGCUUCGCUAUUAGCGCGUGACGGCACAGUGGGGCAUCUGCUUUUUGUGCUGCUUCGUGCGAGAAAGAACGAACUCUUGCCGGAGUUUCAGGGUUUGCCAAGGACCGUUUUUAGCGAGGCGGAGAAGGCGGAUAUCUUGCAGUGUGUGGAGAGACGCGCCCGUCGUGAAGACGGAUUUCGUGCAGCCAUUCCGCUUCUCCGUGCGUUGGUGCAAGAGGACGACCCACGACAUUUCUUUCACGCCCUUAACCGUGCCGUUUGCGAGAAUAAUAACAGAAGCAGCAUUGGUGUUGAUAGCAGUGUGAAUAAUGGUGCUGCUCCCGUGCAUGCAUUGAGUGACGAGCAGAGUCUUCAAUUUCUAGUGACAUCUGUACGAGGCCUGUUGCGUGAGGUGGACACGCUGGAGAAGACGAGCCGGAGGGAGGCAGUUAAGACGAGUCGUGCUGCAGUGAGGGCUGAGAAGGCACCGGGGGAUGAGAAGGAGGAGGAGUUGCGGACGUUGGACGAGAGCGGCAUUCCUGCGGGUGUGCGUGAAAUUGCCCGGAUUCACCUUAUCGAGGAGGCGGAGCGCGCGAAAAGAGCCGCGCGGCUUCGCACGGCGUGGGUGAAUCCAGACGGCACGUUGUGA